AUGCGCGGAUUUUCUGGAAAAACGCGUACCAAGCAGCUUCAGGAAGGUUUGGCGGGAUGGCCUGCCAAACCUUUCGGCAUGGCCAUGAAAUGUCCACAAGAUUUCCGUGAAGCCCUGCAAAAGGCGAUGAGCAGUCAAUUUCUCAGGCGCGCCGCCGUCGAUCAAGUGCAUCGGGAAUGCGGUGACAUCCAACAACCAGGCUCCUCUGGUGACGGGAGAAGACGCCCACGGUGUUGCCAGAAGCCGUUCGCUGAAGCUCUGAAACGGCUCUCCGAGUUGUUGCCAGAUGCUCCUGCCUUCCAGGCUGCUCUUUCCAGGCUGGGCGAGCUUGCUGACCCCGACAGUCUAAGCUACGACCUCCACUGCCUGAGCGAGUAUGCCAUGAACCAGUUCGAGAUGGAUGAGGUCUUUGGCACAAACAAGGACGAGGUCAUGUACGACUCCUGGGUCGCCAAGCAAGACGAAGCUAAGCGGGCAGCCAUUUGUGGCGGCGUCUUUCUGCAGAUGUCGCCUUUCAUGUGGCCACGAUUCAACGCCUACAUGAAUCCCAAGGGCCGUUGCUUCUCCUUUGACCAGGCUGCUAACGGCUAUGUGCGCGGUGAGUGCUGUGCAAGCGCCGCUUUGAAGCCUUACGCUGAGAAAGUGGACAAUCAGCUGAUCAUCGCAGAUGGGCCUUGUCUAGGCACCCUUGUCGGCUGGCGCAUGACGAACAACGGCCGCAGCGCGGGCCUUGCCGCACCAAGCGGCCCUGCGGAGCAGGAGGCCAUUGCUGACUGCGUAAAGCAUGCCGGAAUCUCGCCAUUGGAUGUCGACGCCAUGGAGUCCACCCCGACAACGCUUUCAGGGGUAUCUGUUGAGUGGGACUGA